AUGGUAUCCUCUUCUCCCCAUCCCCAGGAGGUGUUUGAGCGGCUACACUUGAUGUACACCAUUGGCUACUCCAUCUCUCUGGUAUCCCUACUGGUGGCUGUCUCGAUUCUCUGCUACUUCAAGCGUCUCCACUGUACACGGAACUACAUCCACAUUCACCUCUUCACCUCCUUUGUGUUUCGGGCCAUCAGUAUCUUUGUGAAGGAUGCUGUCCUCUAUGCCAUGUCUGACGACGGAAAGACUGAAGCAGAGGAAUUGGCAGAGAGACCCCAUAUGGUGGGCUGUAAGGUGGCCGUUACUCUYUUCCUGUAUUUCCUGGCGACCAAUCACUACUGGAUCCUGGUGGAGGGGCUGUACCUGCACAGCCUCAUCUUCAUGGCCUUCCUCUCAGACAAGAACUACCUGUGGGCGCUCACCAUCAUCGGCUGGGGUGUCCCUGCGGUGUUUGUGUCCAUUUGGGUCAGUGCGCGAGCAUCAUUGGCAGACACACAGUGCUGGGACAUCAGUGCGGGAAAUCUGAAGUGGAUCUAUCAAGUCCCAAUUCUUGCAGCCAUUGUAGUGAACUUCUUCCUGUUCCUCAACAUCAUACGAGUGUUGGCCUCUAAGCUGUGGGAGACCAACACAGGCAAACUGGACCCCCGUCAGCAGUACAGGAAGCUGUUGAAAUCCACCCUUGUCCUGAUGCCCUUGUUUGGAGUGCACUAUAUGGUGUUUAUGGCUCUACCCUACACUGAGGUUACGGGCCUGUUGUGGCAGGUGCAGAUGCACUACGAGAUGUUCUUCAACUCUUCCCAGGGAUUCUUUGUGGCAUUCAUCUACUGUUUCUGCAAUGGGGAGGUGCAGGCGGAGGUAAAGAAGGCAUGGCUACGGCGGAGCCUGGCCCUGGACCUCAAACAGAAGACCCGGGUGACCAGCAGUGGGGGCGGGGGCAGCUGCUACUAUGGCGGCAUGAUGUCACACACCACCACCCACAGCGUGAGUCUGACUGUGGCCAAUCCCAGAGGAAUGUCCCUGAAUGGGGGAGGGGCCCCCGGGGUGGGAGGAGCUGGGGGAAGCUAUGGGGGAGGGGGAAGCAGGCAGCCACGCCUCACCUCCACCUUCCACCCACUCACCAACCUGCCAGGUUACGCGCCCAGCAACACGGAGACCCCCAGGCAKAAACUUGUCAUUUGGAGGCCUGGGGUGGGGGCUGGAGCUGGGGCCGCUGUUGGUGCCUUUCCCAGGCACCCCGGGGCUGCUAGCGAGGGGAUCCAAGGAGGUGGUGGUGGAGCCAAGACAGAGACUGCAGUCUCUGUGCCCCAGCGGCUGGGAGACGAGGACCCCUGCUGCUCUUUGUCUCUAAAGGAACUAGAGACCAUCUUGUGA